AUGCACCCGGACACUCAGCCGUCAAGUGAUCUACAACCCCAAGCAGCUCGCGGCGCAACGCGCACCCGCCGCAGCCAACGGGAACUCUACGGUGACCAACCGACCUGCAAGAGCAGUCGGGCACCAAAGCCAAAUCGGAAGUAUGGCGAUGACGCCCACAGUGUUUUCGCUAGCCAGCUUCCAGCAAACCAACACCCUGAGGGAUGCCUCACCACUUUCCACAGCAUCUUCCUAGCUGCCGUCUCAAAGGCGGCGCGAGACCAUAAACUUCAUCGGGAUGACCUUGUACGACUGCCGAGGCGAUAUCAGGAUCUAAGCAAGCACCCAAUGAGCGCCGAGUUUAAAGAAGCCAUGAGGAGCGAACUGAGAAACCUCCUUCAACGAGGCACCUGA